GGGCUGCGUGUGCUGGGGGCGCGACUCGCCGCGCCGCGCAAUUGCUCGAUACUUGGGGGCGCGCAGGAGCUGGUGUCGAGUCGACGCUCGGGACGAGAGGUUGAGUGGAGCGGGAGCAGGUCCGCCAUGGCAACCGGAGCCGUCCUUGCCCUUGUCGGCCGCUUGCUGCUGCUGCUGGCGGCACAGCCCGCGGGGGCUGCCUAUGUCGAGGCAUUAGCAGCAAAUACUGGAGCUGGAUUUGCAGUAGCAGAGCCACAAAUUGCCAUGUUCUGUGGAAAGCUCAAUAUGCAUAUCAAUAUCCACAAUGGAAAAUGGGAAUCUGAUCCUUCAGGAACCAAAAGCUGCCUAGGGAACAAAGAAGAGAUUCAGCAAUAUUGUCAGGAGGUUUAUCCAGAGCUGCAAAUUACCAAUGUGAUGGAAGCAAAUAAACCGAUCAGCAUUGAGAACUGGUGUAAGAAGGGAAAGAAACAAUGUCGUGGUCACACUCACAUGGUCAUUCCUGUGAAGUGCCUGGUGGGUGAGUUUGUGAGCGACGUGCUCCUCGUUCCUGAAAAAUGCCGUUUCUUCCACAAAGAACGCAUGGAUGAGUGUCGGAGUCACCAGUACUGGCAGACGGUUGCUAAAGCGGCAUGUGUUGCUGAGACGAUGAUUCUGCACACCUAUGGGAUGUUGCUUCCAUGUGGCAUCGACAAGUUCCAUGGCACCGAGUAUGUUUGCUGCCCCCAGAACAAAAUCGAUGAUGUGAGUUCUGAAGAGUCUGAUCUUGAAAAUGUCGAUGAGAUGGAGGAGGAAGAGAUUGUUGAAUCAAGCAGAGAGGAGUCAACUGAAGUGGAAAACCCUCCUGUUGUGGAGGAGAAGGACAAUGAUGAGCUGGAUUAUUACUACGAUGAAGAAGAUGAAUAUACCGAUGACUGGGAGGAGGCAACCAGUGAGGAGAGCUUGUACAAAGAGAGCAUAGUCAAUGAUGUGAAAGUUCCCUCCACUCCUCACCCAACAGAUGAUGUAGAUGUUUAUUUUGAGACACCUGCAGAUGCAAAUGAGCACACGCGUUUUGCAAAGGCAAAGCAGCAAUUGGAGGUUCGACAUCGUGAUCGCAUGGAUAAGGUUAGAGAAGAGUGGGAAGAAGCCGAACGACAGGCAAGGAACCUGCCAAAAGCUGAGAGACAGAUGUUGGUUCAGCAUUUCCAGAACAUGGUUGAGGCUGUGGAGGAAGAAGCUGCCACCGAGAAGCUGCAAUUGGUUGAAACUCAUCUUGCUCGUGUUGAGGCCUUGUUAAAUGAUCGGCGACGUGUUGCCUUGGAGAACUAUCUCUCUGCACUGCAGGCAGUUCCACCACGAGUGAAUAGAAUAGAGUUUCCACAAGAUAGACAUUCCGAAAAUAAAAGAGAGCAUGAAGUAACGUUUAAAACAAAAGCAGCAUGGUAGAUAUAAUCAUGAUGGCAGCAUGUCAUGGCCGUGGAUCCCGAGAAAGCGGCACAAAUGAAAUCCCAGGUGGUGACUCAUCUCCACGUUAUUGAAGAGAGGAUGAACCAGAGCCUUUCUCUUCUUUACAAGAUGCCUUAUGUUGCUGAGGAAAUCCAAGAUAAAAUAGAUAAGCUUCUGCAGGAGCAACACUUUGGUGUGGAUCAUUUCGCUUCCAGCGCUGAAAUCCAGUCGGCUUUUGAAUCGGUUGAGUCACCAUUUGUUGACGGCAAACCCUUUCGGCCUUUUCAAGUUAAGACUAUGCCAUCCAUCACUGAUGUACAAGGCACAGUGCCGGACUCAUUGCCAGCAACUAAAAAAGGUUCUGGGAUGAUGGACCCUGAUGGGCUGGUGCCUGAUGAAAAUGCAGCUGGCAGUGAUGAGAAUGCCAUUAAUGAGAAUGUGGUGAUUGACGAGAGCUUUGAUGUGAAAGAAAUGAUUUUCAAUGCAGAACGAGUGAGUGGAGAAGAAAACAACAUGGACACUGACGACCCCCUGCCAGACAACUUCAGUUUAAGCGGCAGUGCUCUGAUCGGCCUGUUGGUCAUCGCGGUUGCUGUGGCCAUGAUCAUUGUCAUCAGUUUAGUGAUGCUACGCAAGAGGCAGUAUGGUACCAUCAGCCAUGGCAUUGUAGAGGUUGACCCCAUGUUGACCCCAGAAGAACGCCACCUGAACAAGAUGCAAAACCAUGGGUAUGAAAACCCCACCUACAAGUACCUGGAGCAGAUGCAGAUCUGAUGCCGGGUGUUAAAGUGAGCCAAACGCAGCAAGCUCAGCCAAUCUUCCAACCACUGAUUCGUAACAUUAGAGGUCUGCAUUUCACACACAAGAUUUUGGGUGUAAAACUCUUCCUACUGUAGAUUGUAAGAUUCCCAUUCUUUUAAAUGGGUUUGAAAUGUACUACGCAAUAUAUAUGAUGUAUAAUCUUAAAAUCUAUUACCUGAUGAGAAUUACAAUGAUAUAGUUGUUUCCUUUUUAAAAUUAUUUUAAAUGUUUUAUUUUGUGUGUCACAAAGAUCUAUAAAUAGAGGCUGUAGAUUUCUACUUAAUGGAGUACCGUAUAUGAAGAGGAUUUUCGUACUGAUUUAUCUCAUGGAACCAAUAGGACUUUCUGCUGUAAACUACGUUUAAAUGGUUAGCACUGUAAUCGGCAGGUGAAACUGGGAGGUGAGGAUUCCAUUUCUCAUUGUGUGUCUAUGUUAGUAAAGUAGUGUGGCGGUCUAGGCAUUUAAUGAGGUUCUGGUAACCUGUGGUUCGUUUCCCCUGCACAUUCCUCUUUUAUCUUGUCAGACUAUGCACAUUUUUCAGUUGUAUCACUGUGUUAGUUUUAAUCUGCAAGGUAACUGAAUGCAAACUCAUCAAUAAACACUACUUCCACAAACA